CUGAGUGGCAGUAACCCUACUUUCUUUUCCCCACAGAUUGAGUUCUCCUGAUUUCCCGUUGUUGUGUCAGUUUGUCUGCAGGUUCGUGCUGAAGGUGUGUGCAGUCUUUCAUCAUGAAAACAUCAAAGGAAGCAGUUCAAAAAGCCGCGAGAGAGUUUCUUUAUUUCGUUAAUCGUGGAGUCUCGCCGUAUCAUGUGGUUGAAGAAUGCAAGACUCGUCUCUUAAAAGCUGGCUAUAAAGAGCUAAAGGAAUCCGAACACUGGGAUAUCAAACCAGCAAACCUGUACUUUGUUACCCGGAACUACUCCACCAUCAUCGCCUUUGCUGUGGGCGGCCUGUACAAACCAGGCAACGGCUUCUCCAUUAUUGGAGCCCACACGGAUAGCCCCUGUCUGAGAGUGAAGCCACGCUCCAGGAAGACUAAGUCAGGCUGCCUGCAGGUUGGUGUAGAGUGCUACGGUGGGGGAAUCUGGAACACAUGGUUCGACAGGGAUCUGACCGUUGCUGGCCGUGUCAUGGUUCGGGAUGGGGAUAAGUUAGUGCAUCGUCUCGUGCAUGUCCACCGGCCCAUCUUGAGGAUCCCCCAUCUGGCCAUUCACCUGCAGAGAGAUGUCAAUGAUUCGUUUGGCCCUAACAAGGAGAACCAUCUUGUACCUUUCCUGGCCACUGCUGUUCAGGAGGAGCUAGAGACCGGUGCUCCUGCUGCUGCUUCUAGUGAUGCCUGCAAUGCAGCAUCUACAGCAGAGAAACACCACCCCGCUCUGGUCCGGCUGCUCUGUAAUGAGUUAAAGGUUAACUCUGAUGUGCUGCUGGAUUUUGAGCUGUGUCUGGCAGACACACAGCCAGCGGCACUAGGAGGUGUGUAUGAAGAGUUUAUUUUUUCUCCUCGUCUGGACAACCUUCACAGUUGCUUCUGUGCUCUGACUGCUCUGAUAGACUCCAGCACUGCUGCCUCUCUCUCAGGAGACCCAAAUAUCCGUAUGGUCACUCUGUAUGACAACGAAGAGGUGGGGUCAGAGAGUGCCCAGGGCGCCAUGUCAAACCUGACUGAGCUCAUCCUGCGUCGCCUGGCAACCAGCCAAGAAAAUCUGACUGCCUUUCAAGAGGCCAUGCCUCUGUCCUUCAUGAUCAGUGCUGACAUGGCUCAUGCUCUGCACCCAAACUACCAAGAUAAGCAUGAAGAGAAUCACAGGCCAGCUUUCCAUCAGGGUCCAGUCAUAAAGUUUAACAGCAACCAGCGUUAUGCCACCACUGCUGUAACUGCCUCCAUCAUACGAGAAGUUGCAUCUAAGAUGAAUGUGCCUCUUCAGGAUGUUAUGGUGCGGAAUGACAGUCCUUGUGGAACAACCAUUGGGCCCAUCUUGUCUGCGCGGCUUGGAAUUCCAGUGCUGGAUAUUGGUGCUCCGCAGCUGGCGAUGCACUCCAUCAGAGAGAUGUGCUGCACCUCUGGGGUUCUCCAGACCAAGACUCUAUUCAAGGGCUUCUUCGAGCACUUCCCUUCCGUGAGAAAAAUGGUUGUGGUGGACUAGAGUGUGCUGCUGUGGUACAGCAAAAACUAUACGGGUGGCCAGAUGAAAGAAAAUCAGAAUCUCUUCAUCUCUGUGUAAUGAUGUACUUUGGGUAAUUAACCAUUUUGGAAUUUGGAAUCUACUCCAUCUUGGUCUACUCCAAUGUAAAAGCCUUUUUGGUUGAUAGAACUUUUUUAUAAGAAUGCAAUCGUGUAUUUACUUCAAGCACAGCAGUUACAUGGACUAGAAUGAGCACUGUUUGACUCUCUGGUCUAUCUACCUGGUUCCUAAAUCUUUGCCUGUUUUCCAUUUUAAGCAGAAUGAAAUUGUAAAAGAUAAUAAAAUAAUAUUGAAUUUUA